AUGGGAUACGUUACUCGAAUUAAUCGUAUAGAUCCUUUGUUUUUACCUGAAGAGCUUGAUAAUAUUAAUAUUAAAUUAUUACCAAUCUUAAAAACUGUUUAUCAAGCUAGACUAACCAUGGAACAAACCAAUAAACAUGUAAGAAAGUGUGUACCAGAAAGGGCCCUCAUAGGCAUACAGAAUCCAAAUAUCUCGAUCACAAAUAAAUUAUCCAGACACUUUAUUUUACGUAUAUUAUAUAAUGUCUUUCUUAGCUUCAAAGCAAUAAGAGCUUCUACUAACAGGAGUAACCACGUGAAGGUGAAGACAGCUCUACUCCCAAAAGGGUAA